CCUUCCUCUCUUGUCAAGGUUGGAAAGAGAGUGGAUCUGAACGGAGUUUCUGCGUUCUCUUGGCCUGCUCCGGAGCUGGGCCGAAGAAAAAAGGAGACGUCUCAUUGAAAAAGAGAAAGAAGACACCGCGGAAAAUUCAUCCAGCUGCUUUUUUUUGACAAUUGCUUUCUCUCCCUCUCAUCGGCAAUCGUCUCCUUUCUUCUCUCUUCUUCCCUCUUCUUCUCUCUUUUUUUCGCUUCCAACAGUCCACUCAAGCGUUCCCCUCAACGGUCUCCCGUUUCUUUCUCUUGUUUUCCUCUCCUUCGUCCUCUCCUUCCUUCACUUCCUUUUUGCCUCUAUCUUCUUCUUCUGCCCUCUUUCUCAUUCAUUCUCUCCUCUUCUUUUUUCCUCCUCGUUCUCUCUGUUCCCCUCGUUCUCUCUGUUCCGCUCAUUGUCUCUGUUCCCCUCAUUCUCUCUCUUCCCCGGUGUUCUCUCUGCCCAUUCUGACUCGAGAUGCCGAGAACGAAGAAGACGCAGGCUCGCCGCCAGCGAGCUGCGGGGGCGAGUACCUUCGGUCGGUCUUUGCUUCACCAGCGGUUGAUGGCGCAUCAGCUGCAGCAAGAGUCUUAUUUCGCGGCUGUGAAGUCCGAGAAGCGAGAGGACCCUCACCUUCUCCCCGCGCUCGCUUCCUUCUCGUCUGCAUCUCCGUCUUCUCCGGCUGUCGCUGCCUCGUUUUCUUCACACGAAGGUCGAGGCAUCGCGGUCUCUGCAGGUUCCACUAGACAUCACCUUCUAGACUUUCUCUCGGGCCGAAGCAUGGACGCUGCAUUUCUCGAGAAGCAGAAACGCAGCCACAACCUGCAGUCGCUCACUCAGCAGUCCGAACUGGAUUUCUACCUCUCCACCGUUCUCGCGUCGCAAGACCAGUUCCUCAUCAACAAGGGGGAGGCGCAGGUCUGGCUGAAGAGUGAAGAAGAGAGCGCGUGCUUCACGGCGCAACCCGUAUAUAAGGCGGCGGGUGGCGAGAGAAGCGAGAAGGACGACGAGGAAGUCGCGAUCCCCCGGCGACCUUUCCGCUUCCCCGUCGUCUGGUUCGCUGGCGCAGAAGACGCCGAACGGCGAACGAACGAGAAAGGCGAAAGGGAGGAGGACAGGAGAGAGCGGCGCUCGGAGCUGCGGAUGAGAUGCAAAAGGAAGAAGAAAAACAGGCAACGCGUCGCUGUCCUCCUCAAAGGCAAGAUGGAGGAAGCGACGAUCCAUAACGUCGAGUUCGUGAGCGCCCACCGCCGCGAGCAACAGAUCAAGUGGUCCAAGAAGAAGCAGCGCGAAGACGACAAGAAGAAAAAGGGGAAAUCCAAGCCCCGGCUGACCGCGCCCGGCGCCAAAGGUCCUCUCGCAGACGGCGAACUCGCGGACGAAGAGGAAGACUUGCGAGAGGAGGACAUGGAAGAGGAAGACGCAGAACAGGAAGCAGAAGAGCUAGGAGAUGAGGAGAAACAAGAGGAAGAUGAAGAAGAAGGUGAAGAAGAAGAAGGUGAAGAAGAAGAAGGUGAAGAAGAAGAAGGUGAAGAAGAGGAAGGUGAAGGAGAAGAAGAAGAAGAAGGGGAAGAAGAAGAAGAAGGGGAAGAAGAGGAAGAACAAGACGAGGAGAAGGAACAAGACGGAAAGGGGGCAGAGGAAGAAGAGGAAAGUUCUUUUGUGUCCGGUUGUUCGGUCGCGUCAAAGGAACCUGUCGAGGCUGCUGCUUCGAACGCUAUCCCCUCUGGAGGUGCUCUCCCGCGCACAGCAGCUGAACUGGAGGCGCUCGAGCGCGAUGCGUUUCUCCGGUGGCGGCGCGAACUUGCUUUUCUGGAAGAAAAACAAGGCGUUUCUCUCAGCCCAUUCGAGCGAAAUCUAGACGUCUGGCGCCAGCUCUGGAGGGUGGUUGAGAAAAGUCACCUUCUGCUGCAGAUCGUGGACGGCCGAGACAUCCGCUUCUUCCGCAGCCGCGACCUCGAACAGUUCGUCAAGGAAGUCGACUCCAGAAAAGAAGCCGUCCUCGUUGUCAACAAGGCAGAUUUGAUUCCACCGAGUGUGCGGCAAAAGUGGGCGGAGGCGCUGAAGAAGGAGAACGUCAGUCAUGUUUUCUUCUCGGCGCUGAAGGAGCUGACAGACCAGGCUCGAGAGCAGGAAGGAGAACGGCGUGAGCAGGCGAAGACGACCCCAAAGGAAGAGGACGACGAGCAGCCGGAGGAAGAGGAGAACGCGGAAGAGAUGGAGGAAGGCGCAGGAGACAAGGGCAAGGACAGCUCGGGAGGCGGAGCGUAUCUCGGGUGCUGGCUCGAUGACGAAGUGGAAAAUUCCCCCGCAACUUCUGCCUCGUCGCCUCCUGUGCUCAAGACCCAGGAUCUGCUCGCUCUUCUCUCUCUGCGUCGCGACCAAUUUUUGGCUUCCUUUGCAGCGCACAAGCGGCGGGAGCAGGCGGAGAAAGGCAGCGCGGAAGACAGCGCCUUGCUCGCCUCCCCGCCGCCGUUCAUCGUCGGCCUCGUCGGCUUCCCCAACGUGGGCAAAAGCUCCGUAAUCAAUGCGCUCUUGGGAUCAAAAAAAGUCUCCGUUUCGCGAACGCCAGGAAAGACUCGCCACCUCCAGACCCUCGUCGUCGGCGACACCGGACUGACUCUCUGCGAUUGUCCAGGUCUUGUCUUUCCAAGACGUGUUGCGACGAAGCACCACCUGGUGGUGAACGGCGUCCUGCCGCUGGAUCACAUGCGAGGAGACUUCAUUCCCUCCAUUCAGCUGCUUUGCGACCGCAUCCCGCGGCAGCUGCUUCGGCUCUACGGUCUUCCGGCCGCGCCCCCGCCUCCGCCGUUGCCUCCUCGACUUUCCAAGAAGCUGGCAGGUCGUCAGAUCGAGCCGCGGGUCUCUGGAGGUCAAGUUGCGGGCGUCCUUUCUCCUCCAGAGCUGCAGCUGCACGCGCCUGCGUUUUUGGAGAGUUUGGCGCAAAAACGAAGGUUCACCGCAGGAGGGAAGGGCGGCCAGUGGGACUUGUAUCGGGUGGCAAAGAUGGUCUUGAAAGACCAUGCGUCUGGGCGCGUCACAGCGUGCAGAGGGCCUGAUGGGCGCUACUAUGACGGCGAACAAGAGCGCAGAGAAACGGAGCAGACGAACGCCGCGAGCUUCGCAAACGGCGGACCACCAGACGGGGACAAAGCUACCGAAGGCGCAGCCAAGGCGGCGCAGGGCGCGCAAAUCGGAGAUCGUGACCAGGGAAGCGAACAAAGGGAGCACACCUGUGAGCCCGCGGCCGAGGCAAUGGCGAGGCCAGAGCGAGGAAUGACCUGCGACAGUGAAGUCCAAAGCCGCCUCUCUUCGUCAGCGCCUCGGGAACGCACCCUUGACGACAGUGGGGAAGAGAUAAAGCGCAUGUCACACAGAUUGUCUGCAGAAGCAGAGGCAGGAAAGGCAUUCGCAGCGGUGGCUUCCUCUCGAGCUCCGCCGCCGACGCAAGAAAAGGACCUUAGCGAGGACAUCGAUCCUCGCUUGCUUCAAGAUCUGCUUGACCUCACGAUCGACGAAGACUUUGCUCAGAUCGUCGGCGCAGAUAAGGACGUUCUGGCGCUCGGUGAAAAACCUGGUCACAUCUGCAGGGAGGGGAACAACGGCAUGACGAAACGGAAGAUGCGGCACUUACAAAAGCAGAUACUCAAGGGUCGACGGCCGGUGUCUUAACGCACCUGUGCGUUUGGUGCAUAUUCUGGUUGUUUUAUCUCGUUUUGUCUUUCUGAAGGCUGAAACGUGGUUGACGACGUCCUUUUCUCAUAGAAGCGGGGUCGGAUACGAGAGACGCAUCCCUGUUGCGGUGACCGAAGGCAAGCUGCUUGCUGUGCUGGUGUGAAAAUACCGGAACUCAGAAACAGUUUCACGGUUCGUCGAGAAAAACGCUCCGGUGUUCUCUGCUGGCGGUGGGCCUUCGGCUGUCACAUGGCAGAGUCGCUCACAAAUUCUCCUCUGCAGAUAAUACGUUGUGUUGUCGUCGGUCGCGAGAUCUUUUAACUCCCUGUCAGGAAAACAGAGAUAAUUACGCAGGAAAAGCUCGAGCCGUUCC